AUGGUAAGACCUAAAAGAUCCGCUAAAGUACCGACGAAGGCUCCAGCAAAGGUACCAACCAAGGUAAAGAAAGCCAAAGCUUCAGCUAAAGUACCAGCCAAAGAGCCGGUUAAGGUGCAGGAAGCCAAAGUUCCGGCAAAAGCACAGGAAGCCGAAGUGUCAGCUCUGGACAAACAAGCCCAGCCACCUCCAGGUCUAGUUCCAGACAGUGAGGCUUCAAUCAAUCCACCGAGGCUCAAGCUGGUGCACAGAGGUCUCGAAAUCCUUCCCCAAACAGCGGCAGUGUUAAGAAGCCCCUCUUCUAAGCCAACCUAUGUCGAGUUUCCCCGUCCAAGAAUUCUAGCAAAGAUUAAACGGGAAGAAUGGCCAACUAUCACGUUUGGAAGAGACGCACCGACGCCGCGGUGGACGGUUGUCCCAUACGUGCCACUACCAGAAGAGAUGAUAAAUCUUUCUGAGGACCUAAUUGUGAUGUAUGAUGGGACUACACAGAUCCCAGAGGUACAUGCUGGUGACAAGGUUCUGAGGUAUGACGGGAGCAUAGGGCUAGGUGGUCUGGAAUGGAAAUUUGAGCCAGGGCCGGAAUCUGGGUGGAAGAAUCUGAAUCAGGCUGAACUCGAUGAAUUUGCGUACCGGUCUUUGCGCCAGAUGCUGUUAGAUUGGUCGUCAGGUUCUGUCGAUAAGCUCAAGGCGGAAAUCAGACAAGGGGAGUAUAAAGAUCACGUCGCCAAUGUGGACCACCCUGUGCCAGGUAUGUGUGAUGCGCCGAAGGAGUCGCCACUUGGAGAUUCAAUUGGCGUGCCUAAAUGCGGAGCACCGCUUUCAAAAGUUGAAUAUAAGGAGGAGUGGACUUGGCCCACUCUCGAGCGUCCGUCUUUGGCUAUCAAUGAGCAGACGAGGAGACAUCCGAUAACCCGCGCUAUGUUCAGGCAUAUGAAAGGAACUCUAGGUCCUGAGGAUGAAAUCAGUUGGUCGGCAUAUCCUGUUGAUCCAGGCGAUUCUCGCAAGGCCUCAGUUGAGUCUCCUUUUCUUACUCCAACUUGUAUUCCACAUGAUGUCCCCGGUCUCCAUGGCGCCCUUCCAAUUGGUUCGGCUCAAAACGGUCCACAAGCACCUAUGGGCCACCACAGAAUAUCAGAAUUUGGAACAGCACCUAUUCUUACAUACAACAGAUCCCUUGAUGGUAAGUAA